GUCUGCUGUUGAUGGGAAUAAAAAGCUCCACGCCAUUUAUGAUACAAGCGUCAACGAACCGGGGAACAUGUCUUUUGUCAAAGAGACUGUGGACAAACUGCUGAAAGGAUACGAUAUCCGUCUCCGGCCGGACUUCGGAGGUCCACCGGUGGCUGUUGGGAUGAGUAUGGAUGUGGCGAGUAUAGACAUGGUGUCAGAAGUGAACAUGGACUACACUCUGACCAUGUAUUUCCAGCAGUAUUGGAGAGAUAAGAGACUGGCCUACGCAGGGAUCCCUCUCAACUUGACUCUGGACAACAGAGUAGCAGAUCAGCUCUGGGUACCAGACACCUACUUCCUCAACGACAAGAAAUCCUUUGUUCACGGUGUUACCGUGAAGAACCGGAUGAUUCGACUCCACCCGGAUGGAACGGUUCUCUACGGCCUCAGAAUCACAACAACAGCAGCCUGCAUGAUGGAUCUGAGGCGAUACCCUCUGGAUGAACAGAAUUGCACCCUGGAAAUCGAAAGCUAUGGUUACACAACAGAUGAUAUAGAGUUUUACUGGAUGGGAGGAGAAAAUGCUGUGACCGGAGUGACACGAAUCGAACUCCCUCAGUUCUCCAUAGUGGACUACAAACUGGUCUCCAGGAACGUGGUGUUUUCCACAGGUGCCUACCCUCGACUGUCUCUGAGCUUCAAGCUGAAGCGAAACAUCGGCUACUUCAUCCUGCAGACGUACAUGCCCUCCAUUCUCAUCACCAUCCUGUCCUGGGUGUCGUUCUGGAUAAAUUAUGAUGCUUCGGCUGCCAGAGUUGCAUUAGGKAUCACCACGGUGCUGACCAUGACCACCAUCAACACCCACCUGAGAGAAACGCUCCCUAAGAUCCCCUACGUCAAAGCUAUAGACAUGUACUUGAUGGGCUGCUUCGUCUUCGUCUUCCUGGCUCUGCUGGAGUACGCUUUUGUCAACUACAUCUUCUUUGGCCGAGGCCCUCAGAUGCAGAAGAAACUGGCUGAGAAGGCUCUGAAGGCCAACAAUGAGCGCAGUAGAUUCGACAGGCCAAAGCAGUCCAUCCUGGGGAGUAUCAACUGCAAGUCUUCAUCUCUGAAACAGUCCAAUCAGGUGCAAAGCCGCUGUCACUCAAGACGGGUCGACUCCCAGGGGAACGUUUUGCUGACAACCUUGGAGAUCCACAAUGAGGUGGGCGGUAAUGAGAUCACAACCACUCUGAGCGAAACCCACAACUCUUCUUCCAUGGUGUUCGACAACUCUGGGGUCCAGUACAGGAAGCCCAGCACGCCGCGCGAAACGGGCCGCCUCAGCUUGGACAGGAACGCCCAGCUGAAGAAAACCCGCCUGCGGAGACGAUCGUCGCAGCUCAAAAUCAAAAUUCCCGACCUCACCGACGUGAACGCCAUUGACAGGUGGUCACGGAUUAUAUUCCCCUCCAUCUUCUCCCUCUUCAACCUGAUCUACUGGCUCUAUUAUGUCAACUAACACACACUGUGCUUUUUUUUUUUCAACCCAACAUUGUCUCAUUCUGGUGUUGGAAUGAGAUCAGACUUCUUUAUGUGGCUCACCUGACUGGUCAAACCCUGAACUUUUUUUUACCAUAAACUUUGGAGGAGCUAUCACUCAGACCAUAAAUGGUGGGAGGAUUUAUCUAUAUGUUUUAUAAAAACUUGCAUGUGCAAACAAUGACUUUGCCCUCCAACCUCUGGGGGCAGCUGGGACGAGGUUUCUCUCAUUGUCUUUGAGAGAAGAGUUAUGUUUCUUAAGAUCAAUCAAUGUUUCUGCCCUCAAAAUAUUUUUAUUAUAUGAGCUCACAUUACUGCGUCCUCUUUAAGCUUUUUUUAUUUUCUUUGACAAACACAGAUGUGUUGAUUUAUACCCACAGACUCUGCCCUGAUCAUUUGACAAUGUUUUGCAACAGAAAUAUGUUUACUUGGUGUUUACCAUGAGUUGAGCGCGGGAAUCAUUAUGUCUGAAGCCGGGUACACACCAAACGCGUUUUGAGCAGCCAAAGCAGUCAGUUUAUAUGCAAAGUCUGUGGUGGACGCACGUCUAGGAGCAGCGAGCCACGUUCAGCCCCUUUAGCGUGGCGCGCAAAGUAGAGAUAGGUGCGGUAGGGCGUUUUCCAUGCAUGCAGCACAUCCAAUGCUGCCGACACUCGAGUUCAAAAAAUUGAACUUUCGCUGCUCGACGCACCAAUCAGAGAGACUCAUCUUUCCACAUGACGGUUUCCUGAACCUGAAACAGACGGACAGGAGCUCUUUAGCUGAAAUCGACUGUCUGUAGUUGGUGUUCUGGCUGGAGAUAUC